CCUUCUCAUCAGCGAAGGAUGAUUUCCUGACCCCCGUCUUCCCUGGCGCCUCCAGAUAGUUGCAGACUCUAGUUUCAGCGGUGCCGCAUUCUAGAAUCCAAAUAGUGAAGAACAAGUUACUGGACACAGCUAGAUGGAGCAGGAAUCACACGAAGAAGAAACCCUAGCAUCUAAUUUACAAUCUCUCUCAUUCUCGGAUCCGUUAACCAACCAAUUCAACUCCUUCAACGAUCUCUGCUACGAAAUUUCUUCUCUGCAAGACCUAGCUUCUCGUGGUUCAUGGCGAUCGGUAAUCGAUAAAGUUGUUCGAGCUCGAAAGCUCUCUCUCCUUCGAAAACCCCACGAACACUUGAUCUAUCUCUCUUACAACGUUCUAGCUUUAAUGAAGCUUCGUAAAUUCGGAGAUGCGGCGGAAGAACUUGAUUCGCUUGAAGACUUCGACAGCUCUCAGUACAAGUACGAAUCGUAUCCCGAUCAUUAUCCAAAUCGAUCUGGUUCGAUGGUUCCUUUUGCGCUACGUUGGCUUCACGCUGAGAUUCCUCACAGGUUAGGUAAGCGACAAGAAACCCUAGAUAGAUUGUAUACGCUACUUGAUUUCAUUCGUACGAAAUUGAAGGAGAGGGAAUCCAAAUCCAUGGAUGUCUCUAUUGAGCGGUGGAAGAAAAGGGAAGCCUUUCUGGUCAAUUCGAUCUCCAGUCAUCAUUUGAGUCAUAAAGAGUUCGGCGUAUGCUUGACAUUGCUCCUGAGUUUAGUUGACUUUGAUUCACCGGAUCCUGUCUUGUUGUCGAAGCUGGGAUAUAUACAAAUGCAGCUUGGAGAUCUGGAGGGAUCUAAGGGGUCGUUCAAUCGAGUUGAGAACUUGAUUAAGCAAGGUAAUUCUGGGGAGUUUUUGGAUGAGGUGGAGUUUAAGAAUCUGGUUAGUCGGAAUAAGGCUCUGAUUUAUUUGGUUGGGAAGGAUUAUGUAUCAGCUGUGAGAGAGUAUGAUGAGUGCAUUGAGAGAGAUCAGUCCGAUGUGGUAGCUAUAAAUAACAAGGCUCUGUGCUUGAUGUAUUCCAGGGAUCUGUCGGAUUCGAUUAAGGUUUUAGAAAGUGCGUUGGAGAGAGUCCCGACGGUGGCUCUCAAUGAAACAUUGGUGGUAAAUUUGUGUAGCAUGUAUGAAUUGGCUUAUGUUAACCAAGCUGACAUCAAGAAGACGCUCUGUAAUUGGAUUGCUCGUGUUGCUCCUGAUGAUUUUGAUUCGUCUUGUACUCGCAAUUGAGGCCAUGGGCACUAUUAUGGUGGACUGUCUAGGACUUUGGAUUCUCAUGGCAGGUCAACAUGUAGCCCCCGUAACUCUCUUCUCAUGUGGUAAGUUUCAGCUGCAAUGAAGUUGGGGGCCUUGGGGCAUGAUAGAUUAAACCUUUGAAAAAAAUGUUCUGAUGGCUAGCAGGGGAAGAGCCCGAUGCAUGGUGGAACAUACCAUCGAGGUUGAUCAGGAAAUUUGACAUUUGCUAGCACACUGCAAUAGUUGGAUGCUCAGAAUCUAAGGGUGAUGUGGAGGGAGUAUGAAGGUAUCUCAAACAAGGGUUACCUGCCUGUUCAGUCAGCAGGUCUUAAAAUUGGACAAUGGCUUGCUCUACAAGCAGGAUAUGGACAAACCCAUGACGAACUCCCAUUGAAAGCUCUUCACAGAGCAGAAGAGGAUGGAUACUCGCAAAGAAACAGUGAUGCCAAGUAGUGUCGACCUUUAGCAUUGUUUAUUUCUUUAGUUUCUAGCAGCUCUGGCAUAAUGGAAAGGAAUGUCACUGACUCAGGACAAUUCACUGAUUUAGCUCAAUCCUUGUACAUGAAACUCCAAGAACUCCAAUUAUAAAACAUAAGCAAGGAGGGAUCGAGGUUGCCCUUACUGCAAGCACUGCUGGCGGCCUUGGAUUGUCCUCCCUGUGCUUGUUAAUGAUUUUGAUUGACUAGAUAUCAAACUCAGGCUCAAAUUCAAGUAUUUACCCUAUCUUGUAUCGGCAGACACCAUCUCAAUAGUCUAAGCAUUCGGGUGUGUAGUCCUGAACUUUCCAAUGCUUUGUUAUGUCAUUUGACACAGUUUUGUUUUGUUUGAAAACUUGAUGUCUACUGGUCCACAAAAUUUUAAUUUCA